AUGACUGAGGAAACACCCAGCAGCGGAGGCCCUGCAGCUGGAGGUGCAGGCGGCGCCGCUCCUGCUGCAGCAGGCAACAAAAAAGCAGAUGCCAAUGCAGCAGCAAAUCAGCCUCCGAAGAAGAAGAGGUCCCCCAACCGGCUUGUAGUAGAGGAGGCUAUCAAUGAUGACAACUCUGUGGUCGCCUUGAACCCCUCCCGUAUGGAAACCCUGCAAAUAUUUAGGGGCGACACGGUGCUGCUUAGAGGGAAGAUGCGGCAUGACACGGUGUGUGUCGUCCUGGCCGAUCAGGAUCUUGACGAAGGGAAGAUCAGGCUUAACAAGGUCGUGAGGAAGAAUCUCCGUGUUCGACUGGGAGAUAUUGUCCAUGUGAGCGCCUGCGCGGACUGUCCGUAUGGGAAGCGAAUCCACGUCUUGCCACUUGACGAUACAAUCGAAGGCAUAACCGGCAAUCUUUUUGAAAUUUACCUCAAGCCGUACUUCAUGGAGGCAUACAGGCCCGUGCGCAAGAAUGACUUGUUCCUUGUCCGCGGUGGCUUCAGACCGGUUGAGUUUAAGGUUGUGGGGGUGGAUCCCGGGGAGUUUUGCAUUGUAGCACCCGACACUGUCAUCCACUGCGAGGGCGAGCCUGUGAAGCGGGAAGAGGAGGAGCGGCUUGAUGAGAUAGGCUAUGAAGAUAUAGGAGGAUGUCGCAAGCAAAUGGCACAGAUUCGAGAGAUGAUUGAGCUGCCUCUACGACACCCAACUCUUUUCAAGACACUAGGCGUUAAGCCUCCGCGUGGUGUUCUGCUGUAUGGGCCUCCAGGUAGCGGGAAAACACUCAUUGCAAAGGCUGUGGCAAACGAAACCGGAGCCUUCUUUUUCCUUAUAAAUGGCCCCGAGGUCAUGAGCAAGAUGGCAGGGGAGGCGGAGGCGAACUUGCGUCGAGCAUUUGAAGAGGCUGAGAAGAACGCCCCUGCGAUUAUAUUCAUCGACGAAAUUGAUUCCAUUGCCCCCAAGAGAGAGAAGACGAACGGAGAGGUGGAGCGGCGGGUGGUCUCGCAGCUGUUGACGCUUAUGGACGGCUUAAAGGGCAGGGGCCAAGUUGUUGUGAUCGGUGCCACGAACCGUCAGAACUCCAUUGAUCCCGCUCUGAGGCGGUUCGGCCGGUUCGAUCGUGAGAUUGACAUUGGCGUGCCUGAUGACAACGGGCGACUCGAAAUCCUGCGUAUCCAUACCCGCAACAUGAAGCUGGGCCCUGACGUCCGCCUAGAGGAGCUCGCAUCGAGCACCCACGGUUUCGUGGGCGCCGACUUGGCGCAGCUUUGCACUGAAGCAGCUCUGUCGUGCAUUAGAGAGAAGAUGGAUUUGAUUGACCUGGAGGACGACACCAUCGAUGCGCAGGUGCUAAGCUCCAUGGCUGUCACCCAAGAGCACUUCUCAUCAGCGCUGCAGAGCUGCAACCCCUCUUCGCUGAGAGAAACGGUUGUGGAGGUUCCCAACGUUAAGUGGGAUGACAUUGGCGGUUUGGAGGAGGUUAAGAGGAAUCUGCAAGAGAUGAUCCUGUACCCAAUUGAUCACCCAGAGAAGUUCGAGAAGUUCGGCAUGAGCCCAAGUCGGGGUGUGCUCUUCUAUGGACCUCCAGGGUGCGGUAAAACUUUGUUGGCGAAGGCAGUGGCCUCGGAAUGCUCUGCGAACUUUAUAUCCAUUAAGGGUCCCGAACUGCUGACGAUGUGGUUUGGCGAAUCUGAGGCAAAUGCAAGAGCAGCGAGUCCCUGUGUUCUGUUUUUCGACGAGCUGGAUUCGAUCGGCACUCAGCGUGGCAACAACUUGGGGGAUGCCGGUGGUGCAGGCGACAGAGUUAUGAACCAGCUGCUAACGGAAAUAGAUGGCGUAGGCCCUAUGAAGAACCUCUUCUUUGUGGGUGCCACUAAUAGGCCUGAACUCCUUGAUGAGGCUCUUCUUAGGCCAGGACGUCUAGACCAGCUUAUCUACAUUCCUCUUCCUGACCUGCCUGCACGUGUUAGCAUUUUACAAGCGACCUUGAGGAAAGCGCCUGUGGCUCCAAACGUCCCCAUUCCUUUCCUUGCACAUAAAACAGCAGGAUUUUCAGGGGCGGACAUUGCGGAAAUGUGCCAACGGGCAGCAAAGGCCGCCAUUCGCGACGCGAUUGCCGCUGAGGAACUUGCCCGGGCUGCAGGCACUGAAGGAAUGGAUGAAGAUGAAUCAAAUGUGAAAUAUGAAAUCACGCGCAAACACUUUGAAGAAGGUCUAGCAGGAGCGCGGAGAAGUGUUUCGCAGACAGACCUGUCGAAAUACGACUCCUUCAGAAUGAAGUUCGACCCCAUCUACAAAAGCCAAGCAGCAGGUGGAGAUGGAACGAUUAUUGUUGAUUGGCCCAACACCGACGGCGCAGCGACAGACCUGGGUCGAGUGGAGGAAGGCGAGGAUGAUGAUUUGUACUCGUAA